AAAAAACAGGGCGCGGGAGUUCGAAAUCGCCAAAUGAAGAAGGAAAAUUACGUCCACUCUCCUUGAGACUGGAGAGAGUGGGACAUUUGUGCUUGCUUUACACCCAUUCUAUGCCCCCUGACCUCCAAACCCUAACAAAAUCUCACCCUAUCUUCUCGAGCCCACUUCAAAUUUUGUGAGGAUGGUGGCGCAGUCUCUCAAAUGCACUGAAACCGAAUCGGAGGUUUUUACCAGGAGAGUGAGCGCUAGAAUCAAAGAGAAACAGAGGGCCGACAAGGAGCUCUUGGUUCGUCGGAGAGUCCUGAGUGACCAGAAAGACGUUGGUGGAGGCGGUAGAGGAAAAAGCGUCAAGCAUUGCUAUAAAAGGGCGCGUGCUGAUAAAACUGUGAACGGAGAGAAUGCGAAUGUGGAGCUGGAAAAGACCCACAAGGGUUUUGAGGUGGUGGCCGAGCCCAUGAAUCGGAGUUUAGAAGCGACCGAGGCUGGUGUCGCGUGUACGUUUGAGAAAAGUGACCAUGCCAAGGUGAAGGAGACCCUGAGAUUGUUCAACAAGUACUAUCUCCAUUUUGUGCAGGAAGAGGAAAAGAGGUGUGGGAAAGCGGAAGCAGAAAGGAAAGCUUCCAAAGCUUCAAAAUCUAAGAAACGAGCUGCACCAGAAGAUACGAAGUCCAAGGCGAAGCGACCUGAUCUGAAGGCUGUAUCUAAGAUGAUGGAGACUAAUGAAAUAUUGUACUACGAGAAAAGAAUUGGUGACAUUCCAGGUAUUAAAGUUGGGCAUCAGUUCUAUGCUCGUGCUGAAAUGGUUGCUGUUGGAUUUCAUAGUCAUUGGCUGAACGGGAUUGAUUAUAUGGGGCAAAAUUACAAGAAAGGGCAUCAUUUCUUGGGAUACACAAUGACUCAUGGAAAUUCCAAGUCACAUUUGGGCCUACCUUCUGAGUACAUGAACUAUACCUUCCCGCUAGCUGUUGCCAUUGUAUUGUCUGGAAUGUAUGAGGACGACCUGGAUAAUGCUGAGGAUGUUGUGUAUACUGGCCAAGGUGGACAUGAUUUAACUGGUAAUAAGCGUCAAAUUCAGGAUCAAAAGAUGGAGCGUGGGAAUUUGGCGCUCAAGAAUUGUGUGGAGCAAUGUGUGCCAGUUAGAGUUGUUCGUGGCCAUGAAUCUAAAAGCAGUUACACUGGUAGAGUUUACACAUAUGAUGGUUUGUACAAGGUUGUGCAAUACUGGGCAGAGAAGGGUAUUUCUGGAUUUACUGUAUAUAAGUAUCGCCUGAGGCGGCUUGAAGGGCAGCCAAUUUUGACCACUAACCAGGUUCACUUUUCUUUUGGACGCGUACCUCAAUCUGUGUCCGAGAUACGUGGGUUGGUGUGCGAGGACAUUACUGGUGGUCAAGAAAGUCUUCCCAUUCCAGCUACAAAUUUGGUUGAUGAUCCACCUGUUGCACCAAUAGGUUACAAGUAUUGCAAGUCUAUUCAAGUUGAAAAAAAUGUAAAGCUUCCCACAAAUGCCACUGGAUGCAGCUGCAAAGGACACUGUGUGGACCCCAAGAUUUGUGCCUGUGCUAUGCUUAAUGGCUCUGACUUCCCUUAUGUAUCACGUGACGGUGGCAGAUUAAUUGAAGCCAAGGAUGUUGUCUUUGAGUGUGGUCCAAAAUGUGGCUGUGGACCAGAUUGUGUAAACCGAACGUCUCAGAGAGGACUGAAGUAUCGACUUGAGGUUUUCCGUACCCCAAAGAAAGGUUGGGCUGUUCGAUCUUGGGACUUCAUACCUUCUGGGGCACCAGUUUGUGAGUACACAGGAAUACUUGUCCGGACUCAGGAUUUGGAUAAUGUCUCUGAGAAUAAUUAUAUUUUUGACAUUGACUGCUUGCAAACAAUGAGGGGUCUUGGUGGAAGAGAGAGGCGACUACGAGAUGUAACUGUAUCAACAAUCAUUUCUUCAGGCCGACCUGAUGACCUGAAAUCUGAGACUGUGCCUGAGUUUUGCAUUGAUGCAGGAUCCACUGGAAACAUUGCCAGGUUUAUUAAUCACAGUUGUGAGCCUAAUCUUUUUGUCCAAUGUGUUUUGAGCUCACACCAUGACAUCAAACUUGCUCGAGUAAUGCUAUUUGCGGCAGACAACAUACCUCCUUUGCAGGAGCUGACAUAUGACUACGGCUAUGCCCUUGAUAGUGUGUAUGGCCCGGAUGGGAAGAUAAAACAGAUGGCCUGUUACUGUGGUGCUGCAGAUUGUAGGAAGCGCUUGUUCUGAAAAAGAACUUCCCCCAUCUGCUCUUUUUGCCCAACAUCAUUGGUUGCACCAACCAACAUUUGUACACCGACUGUUGUUCGCCGGCUUCUACUGAUUUAACCUUUACAUUCUGAUUGCCCCUCUUUUGGUGGUUUUAGUACACGUCACUGACCGUGGGUGCCACUGCAUCAUUACCUGGAGUUACCCAUAUACUGAUUUUGUAACCGAGUGAAGAAACUAACUUUUGAUAUAGAAAAUUUUAUGAAGAUCAAUGAAAC